AGUACAGCACAGCACAGCACAGCGCAACGUAUUCGUAACGCGGCCCGGAGGCACCAGAGGUAAGCCCCUGGAACGAACAAUCGAUGUGCCAGUUCCCUCCUUGCGCCUGCAACCACGUGUAACCUCGACCUCGACCGAAAUCUCGAAACGUUGAACCUGAUCAAUCGCCAGCUCGAGCUCGACUUUAUCACUCGCAAUCCUGAUACCCAAGGCGCCGCUGGCCUCUCGAUAGUCCCGAUCCCCUCGUUUUCGAACACCCGUCGCCAAUAUGUCCAUGUGGCUGUCUGAUACCCAAAAGAUUGGGGUUGUCUUCUGCUCUGGCGGAGGCUUCUUCCUCAUCGGAGGCGUCAUGCUGUUUUUUGAUCGGGCCAUGCUUGCCAUGGGAAAUAUCCUUUUCCUCAUCGGCUUGACCAUUAUCAUCGGACCGCAGAAGACACUGCUCUUCUUCGCGCGCAAACAGAAGGCUAAAGGCACGGGCGCCUUCUUCCUCGGCUUGGUGCUCAUACUCAUGAAAUGGACCUUUGUCGGCUUCAUUAUAGAAGCGUACGGAAUAGUGGUACUAUUUGGGGACUUCCUGGGCACCAUCGCAGGCUUCGCGCGGGGCUUACCAGUCGUGGGACCCUACAUUGGCAUCGUCGUGGACAGGCUAGGCAUGGGACGCCGAAACAACGAACUCCCCGUCUAAAUGACAGACAAAGUUCAAUGAGAAUCAUAACGUUGGGACCCCUUGAUUGGGCCAAGCUUGGUCGACAUGGGGACUCGAGCUCGUUAUUUGUAUGGACUAUCCGGAGUACCGCCUUGUCUUGAUAUGGUGUGGAGUUCAGGGAGGAAUAGAUUGGCUUGGAAUCCGGGGAUUGGCGUUAUCUGAAUCAAUUUCCCUCGGACCGGUGGAAUGAAUGGGGCGCAUGAUCAGUGUACAUCACCCGAAGCUGUCAUACCGGGCAGAGCUGGGAGCCGGGAGCUGGGACGGGGCAGCAGGGACGGGGCAGCAGAGGACACGGCCAGUCGUGCUGUAGCUAAUAUGGGUGGGAGUCGAGAGUGUUUCACGAGACGGCGCUCGGACGGACACAUC